AGCGUCUGAAAAACAAAACCACCACAGAGAGAGAUCACGAGUAAACGUCCAGCGAUUCGUUGUAUUUCCUAGCCACAGCUUAUAGUGGGCCCUGAAGACUGCGUUCAAUGUACGGACGACUUAUUGAUUUAUGUAAGCUUGAUGUAAGCAGUUUUGAAGGUGGGUAGUCUAACACAUAAAAAACAGUUACAAUAUCAAAGACGGAAGUGACUACGCUUUGAAAAAUCAAAGUUCAAUUUUACAUUGAUUCUAGUGAGAUACUGAAUGAAAUAUUACUAUGGAAAAACUACUCAGAAACUCAUUAGAAAUGCUCCUUUUAAAGGAUUGAAUUAAACAAUGUCACAAAGUUACAGCCCCUGUCGUGCGAUUUAUAAACAAAGGCAAAGGGAAGUCUAUGAUGUUAUUAGUCACGAUUGUACCGAUAGUCGUUAGACAGUAUAUCAAACACCGAGUAGUAAAGAAAAGCACACUGAGAUUAAUAGCAUACAAUGAACUGUUUGUACCUCAAUAUCAGCUCAGACACCGGUAUCACUGCAUGAUUUAAGCCGCACAUUGUGAUUGUCCGAAGAUUUGCCGACGUUUGGUUACAGAAGCGAAGUUUUCUCUCAAGGGCAGAACUGAUAAAUGUAGCGUUCGUGAGUUGCUGUGACCACAGUCGGUCCAGUGGGCUCCGUGAAGGCUCUAGUGAGCUCGUGACUGAAAAGUGUAUCUGUUGUAGGUCAUAAUUAAAUUCGGGUGAAUAUUUUUUUCCUUGGUUGAUUCCCAAAAUAUUUUGUCUUCUAACCCUAAUUAAUCGUGAAUUGCAAAGUAUGGCUAAAUAUUUAAGACUCAACCUAGGAUAGAAAUUUUAACCUUAUUAAUUCAAUUUUGACCUACAGCAGAUAUAUCAUUAAGCUACUGUAAACAAGUUUUCUAAAAGUGAAAGAUUAAAAUAAGAUGAAUAAAAAUAAAGAUAAUGCAUGGCGUUAAUGGUAUUCUGUACGCGCCCAUAGAAAAGUGCUAUUGAUAACUUAUUCACAUUCUCAGUGGCGUGGCGUUUGAAAGAGGGUCCUCUGUGCCUAGUCGUAAGUUGAAGCUAUAUUAAUGGGAUGUUAGCAAAAAAUAUGACCAGCUUAUUCGAUUAGUUUGGAUUUGAGUUUGAAGGCAUAGUUGGUAAACAUGUCUUACCCUAGACUACCAGGAGACAGAUAGCACAUGUGUCGAUCUGAAGACAAAUAGAUUAAGAUGAUUAAAUAACUUGAUUCAGUAAUGGUAGAGGUCGAUGAUUACUAAAACUGUACAAGUGAAUUCUAAUUACUUCCUCCUUAUGGAGGCUGAAGUUUCAGGAGAAACGUGGGGUCUUUUAUAUAUUUCAACCAGAUUAACAUUUUUAUUUAUUUCAAAUUUACAAGGUUGUAGUUACCGCAAGAGAGGAUAAUGGGACUUGUCCAUUUAUUGCUUUUCAUGUCGGUAAUUUUUUUCACGGCAUUUGUUCUGUCCGACAUCCGAGUGAUUGAAAACCACUGACAGUCACGCAAACAUCUUCAAGUCACUGUAUGUUAUAGACUGAAAGCAGAAUGAGAUCUGUAACUGAGAUAUUUAUCUUUGCAAACGUCUUUAACAAAAAUGGUACCACAGAAUGAACAGUCGCAAUUAAGUUUUAUGCUACGCUUCAACAUUAUUUUAGAGUUGAUUCCAAAAAUUAAUUUAGCACUGAAUUGAGUCUCUAAAUCAAUAGUCUGUUCACAAAUGCAAAAGAAGAACCAAAUAGACAGGGAAAAAAAAGCAAGGAUGGUCUAUAACUUCUGAUUGGUUGCGACAGUUGCGAUGCAGAGCGAACGUUAAAAAUCAAGGAUAUUGUGAUUUCGUAUGUGGUAGUCGUCUCGACGAAAACAACUUAGGACUUUGGGGAAAGCACUCUAACCCUUGUACGUUCACUCUUAGACCAUAAUACCCCCAGAUAACUUGUCACUCUAACGUCUUAUUCUGUGGACCAAAUCCUUUGUUACCAUUCAAAUGACACCUUUUUGCAUAAUUCUAUUUAUUUAGCAUGUAGUUGUAACUUUGGCGUCUGUGGACCAAAUCCUACGACGUUACCAUUCAAGUGAAAUCUCUUCAGCAGUAUCCUUUCUAUUGUACUAUGUAUAAGACCAUGAUACCGCCAGAAAACUUGUUACUUUACCUUAGAGUCACCAUUCAAAUUAUCAUUCAUUUCUUAGGAUUAUUUAAAGAGAAUUUUCUUGUGAAUUUUGACAUUUUUUCUUUGGCCACUAUUAGGGGUGAAAGUCCUAUUCACAGACGCCUUUACUUGAGUCAUUACUCUGUCGGUCCAUGAAGUGGUACGUGAAAAAUAUAGAAGUGUAUAAGGAAACAUAUGGGCAUUAUACCACGGGGUAUGUUAACUAAACUUUCAGGAUCUUGCGCAGUUGUAUCAAGAUUCAUUUAUGUAUACUGUUCAUAGGAUCAUAAUUCUGGGAAACUGCCCACCUAUCCCUCCCUUAGCCAACAUUUUGCCAUAAGGGGGAAGUAAGUGUUAAUGUUGGCUUAGGGGAGGGGUAGGAGGGCAUUUUCUGCGAAACGUAUAAUGAACUAAGACUACGUUCACACGACACCGGUCGAAUUUUUGACUGAUUGAACAAAUUGACCGGACACUUCGUUCACACGGGACCGUUUAAUAUUUUCGCGCUGUUUAAACGAAACUUUGAACGCGGCUAGGCGUUUAAAUUUUCGUACGGUUAAGUUGGUUCCGUGUGAGCCGAACACCUAAACACUCGAAUCUUCACCCGGUCGAAAAUUAGUCGGUGCCGUGUGAAGUAGCCUAAAAGUACUCCCGUAUAUUUCUUUUCUUAUGCAUGGAAAAAGAGGAUUUUUAGGCACUAAUUACAAGCACCUGCCGCACCUUCCUUACUUGGGGUGCGACUAUGCUUCUAGAGAAUAAAUGCGGACGCGUUCGAUUGGAAAUCUGGACUUAGAUUUUGAAACCCGGAUUUGCAUUUUGCAAUAAAACGCUAAAUCCGAAAAUGGAGAGAAAUCCGUCGUCAAGGUGGAUUUCAAUCAAAAAAUCCAAAUCCGGGUUUCAUGGAUUGCCUUCGUUACCGUUUUUUUGGGGGAGAUCCGAAAAAAGAUUUGCAAAACUGUGCUCGUAAACAGUGGUCUUUUUUCUGGUAAAAAUGAGUGCGCAUGCGAGACCGUUGUCCUUGAGGACCCUUUUGAAAAUCUUUUUUUCGGAUUUCCCAGAAAAACGGACAGUAGGGAAAUCCAAGGACAGAUUUCUCGGCGUUAAAAACCGUUUUUGGAUGCGGCGUUUUAUUGGAAAUCCAAAAUCCGUGUUUAAAAAUCUAAAUCCAGAUUUCUCAAUGGAAACCUCUUCGUUGAAAUUUUGGUAUUUCAGGAUUCUGGUCGCUUGACGAGCCAUGGGCUGCGGGUCCUCAGUUCAGCCGAGAAGCGCAGGACAGAUUAGAAAUGGCGCCGAACCACAAAAUAACGAUGUGCCAUUGGUAAGCUUAAGGUGAUUCCCUAGUUUUGCACUGCGCAUCUCUUACUGCGCAUAACAAGAUGGCCGCCGUAAAAAAGAGCAUGUGAAGUAAUAUUAUUAAAAUAUAGUUGACUGAAGAGAAACGUUAUUGGAAUUUUUGCUUGCUGUUGUUUCUUGCCGAGGUGAGACUCAAUGUGUUGGGAAUGUGCAUAACGUAAGCAGUACGCGUGUUGCUGAUUUCGACCUCCUCUCGGAGAAUCUCGAUAGUGGAUGUUUAACUUGUGCUUACUCACUUUGAUUUUCAUUUAAACGCUUUCUUUAUCACAUUGUGUCCUAAAUGUGAUAUCUCGAUGUAAAUUCUGUAAAAACGGAUUUUUUAAUACUUUCUUCCCCCUUUCACAUACAUUCUAUUUUGAAACUCGCCCCAGUCCUCUCUCAAAAAUCGGAGAAAAUGCGUUUGGUGCGCACUUUCUGCAGCUCUACCGCAAAAACGAGUACGGUGACCCCCAUUUUUUAUUUCAUGAUUUUAAUAAGGACAGUGCUUCCUUUCGAUGAGAAAAAAAUUUGCACAAAUCUAUGUUCAGUUUUUUGGCAAUUUUACUAAAUUGUACGGAUUGAGCCAUCACGGGUCGAAAAGCGCGCGUCCAAUUUAAUUCUACUUUGGAGCGUAAAGUAAAAACAAGGGCAUUAAAAGGCAUUUUUCUGGUACGUAAGUGGAUAAACAAUACAUUAAAGUCAAAUUCUGUGUGAUGUCACGUGCAUCAUCGAAAAAAUCUCUCCUUUUUGUCUAGUUUUGCGCUGCCCUCGGUUUUUGUAAAACGGUCUUAAAUAGCUGUUUUUGUCAGCAUUGUGACGUCAAAACGAGCACGGUGACCCCCACUUUUUAUUACUUUUUUAUCAUCUUCUUGACUUGUUACAUCAGUGUACCAAGUUUUAGCUAAAAUCUAUGUUAGGUUCUUUUACUAUGGAAUCACCUUAAACGUUUGGUAUGAUUUUUUGAUGUCGUGUAAUACACCCUUUUCAUGCACGCCUUCAGGGCAGCCAAUGGCAGUUACUAGAUAAACGUUCUAACAUUUAUCUUCAUCUUGAUCGUCAUCCCUCAACAUAUUGUUGUUGUCAUCAUCGACGUCAUCAUCGUCAUCAUCAUCAUCACUAUUAUCAUCGUCUUAGUGGGCGCCUGAUAAUAAUCAUUAAUAGCACCAAUCUAUUCUUUCGCUUUAAAUUACCAAGCUAAAGCUUAGGUAUCUGACCUUUUAAUUCUUCCCCGCAAGUUUCUCAUUCCCUCUACUAACUAUAUGACAAAACACCCUGAUUAUUAUGAAUGCGAACACGAUGACCACGCGACCACAGCUGUUUCCUGAUUCACUUGUCCCUGCUGUAGUAGUCGAAAAUAUGGUAUUUUACCGUAGAUAGCUAUAGAAGCCGCUAGUGACUGAAGCCCUUUUACUCAUAAUUUUAUUUGCAGCCUGCACAGUCACCUGCAGCGGGCCCAGUUGAACAAGACAGGCUCAACAGAGAGACGUUUGAGUCUUUUGAAGAAUUUCCAACGCCAGAAUUACUGAGAGAUGCAAACGAAAAAUACACUGCACUGUGCCAGCCUUUACCUCGCGACGCCACAGGAAAACUUUUGCCUUAUCCCACACCUACAACUAAGGCAUCGAUUUUCGAUGUUACCAGAGUCCACGAUGUGGAUAAGUUUGCGGUUGAGGUAACAGUAUUUCUCAGUAUCCAUAUAUCAUAUUAGGCUAAAGUAGCAACAGAACGAGAACGUCAGUUGACGACGGCAUGCGCAAAUCAAACAUCUGGCUUGGCCAAUAGCUGAGCAGCAAAUUGGGCACCGGAAGUCGACUUUAGUACUUUCCGCGUGCUUUCCCGUCUUCAAAUGACGUUGCCGUUCUGAUGCUAAAUCAGCCUAUUACCAAAGUGCGACAGUGCUAGGUCAGUGAAGUAUGGAAGGAAUGGCAUACGUGAUAAAUGAGGGGAGGAAAAACUUCAGGAGCUUAGAGCUAGGACCGAAUGCAGUGACUUUGAUGCCGAAGUUAUUCCUGUUCAGCCUCCAACAGAGAUAGGUUAACAAGAAUAUAUUACUUUGCAGCUGAAAAUGAGUAGACAUUGCAAGAAAGCACAAAGCGAUCUUUGGGUUAACCAAAAACUAGGAUAGUAUCAGACUAGUAUCCAAGCAUUUUGAGUUUUUGUCUUUGAAGGUCAUUUGGUACCUAAAUAAAUCAUAGGGCGAAGAAAGUGCAACGACUCUGUAUGAUGUUAUACCUUUCUUUCCAAGAUCGUUGAGCAAAGAUGAAAUGGAAUUUGUCCUGCUGUAACAUAGUAGUUUCAACAAGCUCUUUUAAAGUCUAGGGCAAGAACGAGGAUGUUGUGUUUUCAAUACGUUUGCAUCUGAGGCAGAAGGGGUAAGAAGGGGUAAGAAGGGGGAAGUGUAUCUGAGAAAUGAAUAAAGGGUACACCGGCGCCCCAGAGCAAGCCCCUUCCCCCUUCAAUGCCCUCCAAUGAAGUCAAUGAUUGAAAAUGAUUUCUCUGUUAAGUUGAAAAACCUCACUAGGGAGCUUAAUCAACAGCUUUUUUGAGCGACGGACGUUUUCCAUCACACGGCAGUGGUUUGGUUGAAACUCUCGGGUAAAUCGUCUUUAUAAGAGAAAAGAAACUUAGCAAUACAAAUUUGUUAGCGUCGAGGCAUAUAAAAAAGGAGAAGGCCUCACUUCCGGUUAACGUGCGUCGCUCAAAAACGUCUUUGCGUAAGCUCCCUACUUUUUCAACCACAACUUGAGUCUAGCUUCACUGGGUUCAAGGCGAGUCUGGUUCAUUGAACUGUCUGUCUCCAGCUACUCAACUUACAGCCGUUACUGUAUUCUUUAGCUCAACGCUUCCUUACUGAUGCCUUGUCAGAGAUCAUGACAAACGCUUUUUUCUUACAGGUUGAACCGGCAAAAUACAACUUAUCAAUUCAGGUAACAGUAACUCCUGCCCUUUAACGAGAUAAGUUAAUAACUAAACAACGAUGAGGCCUUUUUUACAAACCAUAUAAAAUAUAUUAAGGAAACAGAUGUCUUAAAAAGCUGAUGUAGUACGUUUUUGUGAUCAAACUUGUUGAGUGCGUGUCUACAAUACCAUGAGUUGAUUGGAGGCCCUUAAAGUAACUGCGAUGACCAAGUUUAAAUUGUCAAGGACGUUGAUGUCAUGAGAGAAAAAAACCCGGUGAAAACUCAUCGAAAACUCGCUCUAUAACUGAUUUGUCUAUGCGGACGACUUGCUUUCAACCAACACUUUGUCGGGUGGAUUAAGACUAGAUGUUUUCUUUUUUAAUGCUGAGUAGUAUAGUAGGGAAGGAAUAAACACAUUUUUUUGAAGCGGAUUUUCCUUGGUUUGAAGUGGAAUGAAUAAACACCGAUGAUGUCACAGCCCCUUGCCUUUAUCUCAUGAAUAAAAUGAGAGAACCUAAUUCACCUUCUGAGCGUCAGCUUUCUCGUGAAAUGUCACGUGAUGUUUGUAACCUCUGCUGUAAAAAGAGGUUUUGUCGUUUCACGAGCUAAACGCGAGCCCGAGUCAACUACUUGCCACUAGUCCACCUAGAGUCAAGCCCGAAAUGUUAACUUUUUUUCACUUUCAAGUUCUCAUGGCCACAGAAAAGCAAUUAACACUUUGAUCUUCGGUCGGUCUUCGUAAUUGUAGUUUAAUAUAUAUCACUCGAAGUGAAAUGGCUUCAUACGUACGAAAGCCGAAGAGGGACUCCCCACUUCCCGUUUCGAACUUCAGACUUCGGACUCAAAAUUGUGCGUACCUCUGGAAAAAUCCCGGCUACACCCCUGGUAACGCAAUGAUGCAAGUUCUACUUCCUGCCGAAAUUAAUGUCCACUGCAAACAAUAAAUUGUUUCAGUUCCGCCACACUAAUUCUUGGCACAUAAAUCAUGUAUUGUUAUGAAGUCAAAGACAGACGACUGACUCUUGAGGAUGAAACGCAAUUUACUUACCCUCCCCCCUUCCUCCUCAAUUUUUGGAUUUUCCCAUCAUAAAGAGACAGAGUUAAUGUAUUCCACCACAAAAUAAGGAGAUUACACAAUUCGUUCCCUACUAUACGACUGAGAUGCCUUUAAUUUUCCUUUUGCCUGUUUGUACUUUCCUCGACCACACCUUCUGCCCCCAGCUCUACAAGGGUGAGAACCAAUCAUAACUUCAAUUAACUGGCAUCUUUUGUUGAUAGCAAUUUACAGAUUAUCUAACAUCAAAUUGGAAAAAUGACCAACUGGCCACAGCAAGGGUUAUCAUGCGAUGGUUGGCUUCUCUGAAGCCGGAUCAACUUAAGAAACUAAACUGUUCUGAUCAAAACAGCCUCCUGGCAAAGCUUCAAACAGAGAUCAACACAAACAUCUUUCUGGAAGUUUGUCUGUAAGUAUUAGAUGAGUUCAGUAGAACAUGUUGCAUAUGAGAAACAAAACUCCUCUCUGCACUUCUGCAACUGAAUAAAGUGUCCUAUUUUUUUCUUUUUCAAGUUGGUGCCAAACGCGCGAAAUCACCAAAAAUACUCUAACGCUGAGUACCUGCGCAAGCAUAUAGGAAAAGAAGUCCUCGUUUCUAGUGCCUUCCACGAAGCUCGUACGUUUUGCUAUCCCAAUUACUUGCAGUCUAGGUCUAUGCAGGCUGCAUUAUACACUUUACGCUCGAAGUGUAUCUUUUACAUUUUGGGUUUGUUGGGAUAGACAAAAGUAUUUUCAAUAACCUAACUUCUUCAGUGCAGGCAAGUGUUUCGCACUCUGCCUGCCUUUAUUGGUUUGUGUUGUGUUUUAUGCUUCAGCGUACUGGAGAAAGAAAAUGAUUUUCUUCGUACGAACGUAGUGAGGAAGACGGAAAAAAGGAUUUCCAAUAACCUAACUUAGUACUUCUUUGUAAAUAAUUAAAGAACACUAUAAACGUUUUUUCUCUGCAACUAGGGUUUCCUUACACAAAUUUAUUAGCCCGAUUUCAUUUUUCAGAUGUGCUGGAAUUCAAGCGGAAAAAAUAUUAGGCUAUGCAAAACAUGCAAGACUCGAAAUCGGAGAAGAUCCUUCCAAUAGUUUACAUUCAUGGAUUGCUCUAGUGAUCAACCAAGAAUGGCGACUUGUUGACCCCCGUUGGUGUUCGACUUCCGUGACUGGUCUGGGAAACGCUGGGUGGUCUCUCGUGGCGCAUGAUGUUGGCGCUGGUCACGAGAACGAAGAGGAGAGAAGGGUUUAUAGGUUAGACGAAAAUUAUUUUCUUACAGAUCCAGAGGAGUUUAUCUAUUCCCACUACCCCAAAGAUGGUGACGCUUGGCAGUUUUUAGCACGGCCAGUAACAUUCAGGGAGUUUGUGGACAUGGCAUACUUAAAACCAACUUUUUUUAAGCUCGAUUUACGGUUGCUUGAGCAACGGAAAUGCGUGUUGGCUGCACCUGAAGGAGAAAUUGAGUUAAAAAUUGGAACACCGCUAAACGCAAGUAGAGAGUUUAGGUAUCAGCUGUGGAUGUCAAACCAACAGGAAAUCGAUAAUGUAAAAAUAGAAAGAUACUGUCUAAUGGAACAAAAAGACAACACGUUAAUUUGUAGGAUUCGAUUUCCUGUCGAGGGGAUGUUUAAGCUCAAACUGUUUGGGAGAAGUGCUGGAAGUGGUAGCGAGUACGAUUCUUUCGGCAUGUUGUGUGCUUUCAUAAUCCAUUGCGACAAAGCAGCUGAAGAUGCUAAAGCUCUUCCCGAGAACACGCGUCAAGAGUGGGGGCCUGGAAAGGACUUAGCUGAUGCGGGGCUAGUUCCAGUGACUCACCAGGAUGCGGUGAUUGAAGCUGACCAGGGCGCAGUCGAGGUUCGCUUUCAAACAAAAAAACCAGUAGAACUGCGGCAUACCCUUCAUAGUGAAAACAAAACAAAAGAGGACCUGCAAGGUAAUGUUGUACACUACAUGGAAAACGAUGAAGUUGUGUUCAACAUUCAGUUACCUGAAGACGGGAACUACGCUUUGAAUCUCUACGCCAAAGGUGAAGGUCAGGAAAAGUCAUUGUGCAGUUAUGUGGUCGAGAGUAAAGACACCGCACAGGGUAACCAGGGGUUCGCUGUAGUUCCUGAUGGUCGUAUUGGUCUCUCCCCAAAUGACAACGUCGGUAUCAAACUCAUAUCACACAAUUCACCUAUUAUUCAGUGUUCAGAAGAUGGUUCCCUGCAGCUCAAAUUCAUGACCUUAAAACAAUGUGAAACGCUUACAGAGUUAGAACUGGUAACAGAAGAAGGGAAAAUUCUGAAGGAUGGUUUCGUGUGGCCUGAGUAUGACGACAGUAACAACGAAAUAACCUUCAAAAUUAAUUUUCCCGAAUCGGGAAGAUAUGUUUUUAAUCUGCAUGCGAAAGAGGUAGGCACCGAUGGAAGUUUGCCUUUGGCUUAUACAUGCGUAAUCAGGGUUCCGACAGCCAAAAUGAAUUGUGUUCCGUUUCCGUUGAGGUGUAGUGCUUGGGGACGCCAAUUCAGACUUGUAGAACCUGUUACAAAUGUCAUCCCAUCGGAAUCUACUGUUCGCUUUGUUGUUGAUGUACCUGACGCUCAUCAUGUUCUUGUAUUAAGCGAGCCGAAUAAUAGGACGCCCUUGCAGAGGAAUGAUUCAGGUUUGUGGCAAGCGGAAGUGCGAACAGGGGAAGGAGAUCGUGAACUGGAACUGAAAGCUAAGAUAAAGAAGGAUUCCAAUUUAUACGCUCCCCUUCUUAAGUUUCAGGUACGACAAUCAAAUAAUAGUUUUUAUAGUGCAACUCAACAUGUUUCUGAGACGGGAACUAUUCUGUUCAAAGCAGCGUUCACAUUUGGUGCCGAUACUCCCUGCUAGAGUAAGAAGCUGGCUGGGUACUGAUGUAAACACACACUUUUUUAAACUACCCACGCUGUCGGCGCUCAAGUACAGGGGGGGUCAACGCUUACGCGAAAUCGGGUUUAAGAUACCAUUUAUGAAUCAAAGGGGAAGAGUUUCAGUUGUCAGAUUUAACAAUUGAGGUGAUCCCGCGUAAUUCUCUACCUUUCCUUAUCCUUAAUGUUAGUGACAUUCAACGUUUUUCAGUUAACAACAAUAUGUGCCUUAAUCCUCGUUUUAGUGCAACUCCGUGUUGCCUUAUUUUGUUAUAAUAGUUGCGCGCCACGCCCCAUCGUGGAGUAAGUGUUCCCCUUCAAGUUACUUGGGGUGUUCUUGUCGGACGGCACACUAUGUAAUGAAAAAAUCCAACCCACGAUUGUCCGCUUUAAGUUAACUUAAGAGGUGUGGCGUCCCUUCAGUGGACAUAGUGUUGAUUUACUGUUCACUGGUAAGAUCUAUAGUAAGGUAUGUUUCAGUAGUAUUUGCAGAUCUUUCAGCAUAUCUCUCUGAUUCACUAGAAUCUAUUCAGAAGGGAUUUCUUGCAGUAACGCAUUGGAUAAGGCAGGGCCAGUGCCUCUUUCUAAGCCCCAAGCCAAGGCCUGUAUCGGCUUCGAACAGAAAAUAACCCGAGUAGCAUCAUCUACAACCUCACACACCAAAAUGUAAUGCAGUCCAAUUCCCAUUACCCUGAACCGUGGUCAGGUAGAACCAAGUACCCAUAAGAAUUGAAAGACUCAAGAACUUUGUAACCAGGCAUGAAGUAACAGAUAAUGAAGAUCUUCUUAUUAUAAUUAUUUUAUUAAUUUGUAUAUUAGGCACGUAUAAUAUCUAUUUAUUAAAUUGCAAUCAGUUAGACAUUCAGUCAUAGACUGCGAAUGACUUGAAUAAACUAUAUUAUUGUAAUUAUCAUCCAUCAUUAUUAUUAUUUUUAUUAUUAUCAUCAUGCUUAAUUUUUAGGUCGAGGAAAGCGAGGAACUCAAAAGGCAAAAGGAACUGCGCCGACAGAGAGAAGAGGCUGAGAGACGGGAGGAAGAGGCGAGAAACGAGAUGAUGAAAAAAAUGAUUGAAAAAGCACGAAAAGGUAAGCUCAGUCAACACCGAUUUGAUGAAUUCUAUGCAUUUACAAAAUGUUAUGGCUUGUAUGCACUAUGGAAAUCAAGAUUUAGUGCCUAGAUUCCGCUUAGUAAUCAUGAAACAUUUUAAAAGGCCUCAAGCGAGUUUGAACAUCAGCUUUUGCAGCUGAUAUUCUUCGAAUCGUGUAGGUAACGAAUUCCACCGAAACAAUCAAGAUUUAGCAAGAUUUGGAUUAAAAUAUUUUACCACAAUAAGCAGCAAUUUCUCCUUUUUUUUCACUUGGCGUCAAUUAAUACCGCCCCAGGAAGCUUACAGGAAAUUAAACAUAGCUUUUGGCACUGAUAUUUCUGGAAUCGUUUCGGAAACAAACAGGAGUUAUGAAUGGCUAACGGCUCGAGAGCACGCUCAAGCUAUCGUUGGUGAUACAAAACACUGGCUGUCCAGACUAUCCCAAAAAUGUUUUUACCAAAAAUCGACACACAGCCUCCUUAAACUGUUAAACUGUUUUUCCGCAUUUUCUGUCUCACACCAGUUUCACGCUUAAAUUGACUGAUUGACAGUCUCUUAGCUCUGGCGUUACCAGAUUUAAGCGGGUAUGGAAGGGACUGAAGAUAGGAGAUGAGGUACUGGGGAGACGUUUACUAUGAUUGGCAACUGUCCCUUAAAUGCAAUCCCUUAAUUGAUAUAGACAUCGUACAAUGUGUUAGCUUUGACUCUCUGUUUUUAUCGUUACAGACCUUCAAGCAGCCAUGGAUAGCAGAGACGUGCGGGCUUUACGUGCUGCUAUCCGUGAAGUAGAAGAGUCGAACUUCAUCUACGCCUUCACCUCGGAGGAGGUUGAGGCUGCGAAAAGGCUGCUAAAAUCCCUUGAGAGAAUCGAAGCAUUAAAGGAAGCUGUAAUGAAACUAAACCAAAAGACAAUGCUAGAACUAAGAAACUACUCAGAUCCACCAAAGCUAGUCCAUCGAGUGAUGAAGGCCGCACUUCUCUUGUUAGGAGAUGAACUAAAAGUGACUACGGUGAGUCUGUGUACCUUAUUUAGCCGAGGAACCGAACAGCAUGGGCAGCAAACCCCUCUUAAGCGGUUUAAGUUUAAGAUUCUACUCAAGAUGGCAAUAACAGUCAAAGAAACAUGAUAGGAGUAGCCUGUUGGGGAAAAAAAACAAACAAACAAACAAACAACGAGCGAGAGAAAAAGGAAGCCCCGCCCUCCUCCUUUUUGCGCCAGGUUUUCUUUUCGUUGAUUGAUUGAGGGCCUAUCGGCUAUAAUGUUAGAACCCGGUUGAUUACAACUACCGUAAACCAUUUCUAGAUAUUAUGUCAAACAGAAACAUAGGAGUUUAGCAAAAUCAACAUAAGGCUUGAAAUGUUCAAUUUUCUGAAUAUACAGAAAUGGAGUGAAUGUCAAAAGCGUCUUAAGACGAUUGGUCAUAAUGGACUGUUUGCACGAGUGAGAAAAUUUGAUGUUACCAGUAUCACAGAAGAAAAAGCGUCCCAAGUCCUCAAUCUGAUUGGUCGAUGCCAAAGAGAAAAAGCAGCUUUUGUCAGCGCUGGAGCUGAAACCUUCUAUUGUUGGGUAAGUGAAGCAAUACUAUAAAUGGGUAAUAAGUCUGAUUGUCUGAUGAGUCAAAAUCAGUCACUGUCUGUGUUUUGAGGCCUUCUGUAAGGCUACACUCAUAAGAAAUGUUUCCUUUUUAAUGCAAAUUAAUUUUACCAUUACAGCCAGUUUUUACUGUGAGAUGUUAAAGUACAAAAGAAAAUGGUGUUGUGAAGUCAUCCUCAUCUUGGAGUCACGAAUGUGUUGCAUGCACCCUCUCCACAGCGCCGUAAAAACGCUCUUACUGUAGCAGACCAGCGCCUGCAGUAGAAACUCCUAUAUGAGUUCCUGGUGCCUUGAAAAGUAGCCUAUCACAGGCUUUUAGGUCGAUACUGUAGCUGAGAGCGGCACCAAACGAAAAGCGGAGCGUAAAUAGAAAACGCAGAAACGCUCCUAUACUCGUCCCAUUUCUUUUCUGCACCGUUCUCUGGGCCGUACCCAUUAUUUUAACGCCUAGAAUUGAAACGUCUACUGGAAAAAAGACGAGUCAGAUUAACUUAAAUCAGUAGAGGUUAAGUUACUCCCAGAGUAGCUUAAAAAUUAACCAAUGAACUCGGUAACUUUGAUACGUUACUGCUUAUUCGUAUUCAGUAGUGAACUACGCAAAACCUUUUACAUGAGAAGAUUAAUUCUGCAAGAGUAAUACGCAAGCUAAUUUACAGAAAAAAAAAGAAGUUGUAUGCUUCCCCGUGCCCCGUAUAAAAGCGGUCAUUUACUCGCAUGUACUCGCGUAUUACACUUAUCAGACUUAUGUAAUUCGCAUUCAACUUGUAGUACUGGUGUGGUAUUUUAGCCAUGAUUACCAAAUCAAAAGGUGGUACUCGACGAACUCGUAUAUUCGAAUAGCGGUAAGUUGCCGAAUAAUUGCAACUUUUCUUCGGCUUAAUUAUUUUCUUUUCUUUGAUCUUUAGACCAUAGGAAUGAUAGAAGAAUUUCGGAUCGCAAAUCCAACUGUGAAGUGUAAAACUCCUUCGACUGCAUCAAUACAAGAGGCGAAAAUCUGAAAUCUAGGCCAUAUAUGACAUCAAGAGAGCAAAACUACUGAGAGGAGUCAUUAGACAGUUGUUAGCAAAAACUACACAGGCUAGUAGGAGUCGGGGAAGAUGUUUUCAUCAAAAAGAAAUAAAUCCUCGUCAGCAUUCAAUACAGUAACCACAGUGUUAUGCAAAAUAACUAGCCCUCCUGUUGUCAGUAAAUGUGUCUAGUGGAUCUAAACUUCAGGUAUUCCAUGACAAACCUGCCUGAAACUCCCAUGCUCGUGUUUGGA